AUGCCCCGAUACCUCGCUUACCCUACCGGGCCCAGUGUGCAGGACGCCGCGCUCGAGUACCUCGAGAAGCGCCAGGCUCCCCAGCAGGGCGGCGACCCCGCGGCCAACCCUGGCACCAGCCAGGCGGCUGGUAACGGUGCAGUCGGCAACAACAACGGCACUGCCGGUACCAACGGCACGGCCAACGGCAAUGCGACCGUCUCCGGCGGCGCUGGUGGGAACGGCACCAACUCGAGCGCGACCGUGUCGAUUCCCGCGACCGCUGCGGCUGGUGCAAUCACGAUGUUGGAGCCGGCACAAACGGGCUCGGUGUCGUACUACAAGAUUGCACCCAGCGAGACGAUCACGUUCAAGUGGAACAUGACUGACCUCUAUGUCCAACCUUCCAACCUCACGGUCGUGGCGUCUUGCUCUGCCAACGGCAACACGUACCCUGUGGGACCGACCGACGGCGCACAGAACGUGUUUGACGGUAACACGACCGAGGUGCACUGGGUCCCGUACGACUGGGAGCAGGUGCCGGGGCAGCCGCGGUUCGCAGCGGCCUCGUACGUCCUCCAAAUCUGGGACGAGCGCGGGCCGGGCGUCGCGCGCAAGGGUGGUUGGCUCUCGCCCUACUCGGGCACCAAGUUUGGCAUGUACAUCCCGCAGCCGUACACUCCGCUGGCUGACUGGACGUGCGCGACCUGCUCGUCUGCGCAGCGCCUGCUUGGCCAGCCUGCGGGCCUGAGCAUCAUGACCUCGCUCAUUGUCAUGUUUGUCAGCGCGUACGCCGUGCUGCGCCGCGCAUAA